UGUCACGCUAAUUUCUAUUUUGUAAUUUUUGUGUGAAAUUGGCAAGCGUUGUGGGUAAAACCCAAUAAAAUUGUAAUAAUCAAUGAAUCUUUAAAUAUUCUUGAAUUGUAUACGCUUGCACUUGGUGUUCUUGUAAUUCCUGGUGACUCAUCGAAGUCUACAUCAAUGUCCAGUAUGGAGACCGAUGAUGGUGAAUCUUCUAGCAGUGGCCCUAUGUCGAGCUUGAAUAGUUUAUUUUCAUUUACAAGUCCGGCUGUGAAGAAAUUACUUGGCUGGAAACAGGGUGAUGAAGAAGAAAAGUGGGCAGAGAAAGCAGUGGAUAGCCUUGUAAAGAAAUUAAAGAAACGUAAAGGUGCCAUUGAGGAGCUCGAACGAGCCUUAUCAUGUCCAGGCACACCAUCAAAAUGUGUUACAAUACCACGCUCAUUGGAUGGAAGGCUGCAGGUAUCUCAUCGGAAAGGUCUCCCACACGUGAUCUACUGCAGAGUGUGGCGUUGGCCGGACUUGCAAAGCCACCACGAGCUGAAGCCGCUCGAGAUAUGCCAAUAUCCCUUUAGCGCGAAGCAGAAAGAAGUUUGCAUAAACCCUUAUCAUUAUAAACGUGUCGAGAGCCCCGUGUUACCCCCCGUUUUAGUUCCGAGACAUUCAGAGUUCGCCCCUGGACAUUCCUUGCUUCCCUUUCAAAGGACUACUGAACCUUCUAUGCCACAUAAUGUUUCUUAUUCGGGGUCCGGUUUCCCCCCGUCGGCAACUUCAGAACUGCCAGACACCCCUCCCCCUGCGUACUCUCCCCCGUCUGACGACACGGAGCCUCCCGGGGAAGUGGCACCGGUUUCAUAUCAAGAGCCCUUAUAUUGGGCAUCAGUGGCGUAUUACGAAUUAAACUGCAGGGUCGGUGAAGUAUUCCACUGCAACUCGCAUUCAGUGGUAGUGGACGGUUUUACUGAUCCAUCAAAUAAUAGCGAUCGAUUUUGUCUCGGUCAACUCAGUAAUGUGAACCGGAACUCUACGAUAGAGAAUACUAGGCGUCAUAUAGGGAAGGGAGUGCAUUUGUAUUAUGUGGGGGGUGAGGUGUACGCCGAAUGUCUCUCCGAUGCAGCUAUAUUUGUGCAGAGUAGGAAUUGUAAUCAUCACCACGGCUUUCAUCCUUCGACAGUGUGUAAAAUACCCCCAGGUUGUUCGCUGAAGAUAUUUAAUAAUAGGGAGUUUGCACAGCUGCUUUCUCAGAGUGUCAACCAUGGGUUUGAGGCUGUGUAUGAGUUGACGAAGAUGUGCACGAUUCGAAUGUCUUUUGUCAAGGGUUGGGGCGCGGAGUACCACAGGCAAGACGUGACGUCGACGCCGUGUUGGAUCGAGAUACACUUACACGGGCCGCUGCAGUGGCUUGAUAAGGUUCUGACACAAAUGGGAUCUCCACACAAUGCCAUAUCAUCCGUGUCCUAACUGAUAAUACCAAAAUUUCUGUUAACGCCUUUCAAUCUCAAUAAUUUUUAUUGUCUGCAUUUAAUUUUUACGAAUACAGUGUUUUUUAAACAUAGUGCCAUAGAACACAGAAUCAUGAUUCGUUAAGUUUAAAAAUAACUUUUUUUUUUAUAAUUCUUAUCCACAUUGCAUCUUUGUUUAAUCGCAUAUUUUAGUAUACAGUGACAUCUCUUAACAAAAGCCGUAAUUAAAUUUAAUAUUAGCUCAAAUAAUGUGUCCAAGUGUUUUGAAAACGUUUGACGUGCUUUAGUAUAUUUGUAUCUAUAAUAUAUAAAGACAUAUUUUAAGGAUAAUUAUAUUAAUUAUACUCGUAAUUUUCUAUGACAUAAAGAUAUUAUGAUUGUAAAUAAGUGUUUGGUGGUAAGUGUCGGGAUUUUGAGUCAUUUGUAUUAAGAGCAUCGAAAUUUGCCUUUUGAUAAUAAUUGGGUAACACAACAGAUCACUGGUUGUAUUUAUUUAAUUUUUUGCCAAGAGGUUCACUAUCUAGUGUUGCCAGCUUGUAAAAAUGCACACAACGCAAACGCACAUGAUGUAAUAUGGUAACAUGGUAUGAUAGUCUGUAGAUUAGUUGUGUACACAACGUUCAAUUGACUAGGACUUGUCUCCAAAGCCGUAAAUAAAUUUAAAAAAAAAAUCAAAGUUGGGGCACGAAGUGUGUUAAUUGUAACUUAUAAUCGGAAAUGUAAGAAUGAAUCUUUCACAGUGUUGUCAUAUGGAUAGUUUACAUCAACCUUAUAUUAAUAAAGACUGAACGGUGUUUGAUGCCACAUUAAGAAUAUAGGUCUAUUAUUAAUCUACACUUUAAUUUGAAAGUCUCAUUAAUCUUCCGUAAUCAGCAAGUGCCCCAUGCCAUAGAUCGGCGCGAUAUUGGCGCGUGCGCAGCGGGCUGUCAAUGCGUAUUAUUUUACGUGUAUAAAAUUAGAGUCAGUACUUGAUAAGGGAGUAGUGUGCCGUUCGGCACUUUCGAUUUUGGUGUAUAUGAAAGAUCUAGAACAAUUUCCGAUUUUGGUAGGUUUAUGAGCAAUCAAUAACCUCCGCCCGCUCACCUCUGUUGGUGGCCAUAUCUGUUUGCAUUGAAAGAAAGAAAGAAAAUUAUUUUACUUGAUCACACAUUGCGCACAUCUGACAUUAAUAGUCGCUACUUUUAGACAGAACAAAGUCAUCUAAUCCAUGUUCAGCAAUAGCUUUGUUUGACCAUAUCAGGGUUAAAUUGAUUCAAGUCGUUACACUUCAAAAAAAAACUUGGGCGGAGCGUAAUGCGGUAGAAUCCCGAUCUCGGAAUUCCAUCAGAAUUUCUCAAUUGAUUAUCAAAUGUAGUGUGUAAAGUGCAUUAAAUCAAUACAUGACUCAGUUUAGAAUUGUUAGGUUAGGUCACAGUCAAUUCAACCUAAAAUAAAUCGCUUUCAUGAAUUGUAGUACGUAAACAAAAUCAGCUAAACGUGACGGGGUGCGGGGGAGGUCGGCUAGUUUUCAUUCGUUUGUUCAAAGACUUGUCAAAGUCAUCAAUGUCAUUGACAACUCAUUAGUGAUGGGAGAAUGGGUCGGUACUGAGUCGAAUCGAUUAUGGUAGAACGGUUUUCACAAUCAAACUAUAGAAUUAGGGGUCAACAUACAUACAUACUUACAUAUGGUCCACACAACCCCUUCAAUAGUAGGAUAAUAGACUGCUGUACCUACGAAUUUCAAAUAUCAAUAUAUAUUUUUUUAUGUUUAAAUUAUGUCUCAUCACUAGCUUACACGUGCUAAUGAAAAAAUUAAAUAACUUUAUUCUCAUGAAUGAAUGAAUGCAUUUCAAUGUUAGGCAAAUAGAUAAUACAUAAAACAACCCACUUAUGUUAUUGAAAUGUUUCAUAAUUAUUGAGUAUAAUCCUUUGGAGGCUCGCUUUAAACGAAGUCUAUGUUUUGGCAUUUCUUAUUUCUGAGGGCAGGUUGUUAUAUAUCUGAACUAUUUUUGGGUAGUUAUUUAUCUGUGAAAUGAUAUGCCAUCUUUCGUGAGACAAGACGUUGUAGUACACUUUCCAUAUAAUUUCACUGAACAAUACAGCAUGGUAACGGUAACACGGACAUGUUACUCACAUGUGACUCCUGGCAGUGGACUGGAGAAAUGUAAAAUGCCGGAGCCGGAUGUUCUGUACUAAAGCAUAUCCCCCAGUAGCGUGUUGUGUUUAGGUUGUAUUGGCUGUGGGUUUGGUUUAAAUAUUUUAUAACAAGCAUUGAGUCAAUAAACUCUUAUCUCAAGCUAAUCCAAAAUAUAAGAAAAUCUACUAUUACAAUUAUUGUUACAUAGAUCGAGAAACAUCGUGUCUAUGCGCGCUGUACCGCUACCGAGUUUUUGUAAUUUUCAUAUGAGUUUCAUUAUUUGACCGGUUUUUUGUAUUUGAUAUACGUAAUUGAAGUACAUAAAUAUAUUUUAUUUUGAUUGCCAUACAAAAAGAAGGCAGUUUUUGAAAAUAUUAAUUAACACGGCUUUUCGUAUAUUUUACUACAGAAUUUUAUUAAACAUUUGUUUUAAGGAGCCCUUAAGCCUUUAUAAGAACAUUAUGACUUUAUAAGUGAAUAUAUAGAUGUAAAGUAUCUAAUUUUAUAAAAGCAAUUCUUGCAAUAGUGUUAAGUCUACUAUACUUAUAUUUUCAUUGAAAUGCUUCUAUAUUGCAAGAAUAAUCUAUGUUAUACUUUGCUGUAUCUAGUUUCCAAACCUUUCGUUGUAAUAAUUGUAAUCGCUUAACGAUAUAGUUGAAAGACUUCAAUAUACCAGUGCCUACAAUAUAGUGCAUUAUACAUUUAUACGAGGGCAGCACUGAAAAUUUCGGGAAUCAAGGAAGUGACACAACAUUACCAUUUAAAAAUGUAUUUAUUGCUUUGCUCUAUAAAUGGUAUUCGAUUUUUAAAACCAAGGAGUUUUCAAUUAAAAAGAUUUUAAUAUGACAGGAACAGUGGAAAUAUUCCAUUCCCGAUACUUUUAGUGCAGCGCUCGUAUUAACUGUCGUUAAACAGCGUGGAGCUAGGUUCAGUGACGUCAUCGAAUGAACGUACAGGCCGAAUACUUAACCGUAAUCAUAAAAAGUUUUGUUUUCUUUCUUCUAUGAAACAUAAUACUGUAAUAAUUAUAAUGUUGCCACACUUAUGUUACAAUCUAGUCUAAACUUAGGCUAAUAAGAAGUUCUACUUUAAUUUAUGAUGAUGACAAUGAUGAUUGAAACACUUUUUUAUAAUAUCACUAAAAAACGUUAAGUUAAAAAUAAAAAUUCAUAAUUCACCUAAAUAAAUCAAUUUUUAUGAGAUAUUUCAAUACCAAGUAUUACGAAAAGUUCACUUGGCUAGCUGGAUGCCGCCAUUCCAAUUUAUUAUUCUGCUUCCCAUGCUGUUUAUUUUCUACAACUAAAACUGUGUGGAAUGAUUCUGGUUACGGUGACUUGCAUAAUUUUACAAAAUUUCUAAAAAACUAUAGUAUCGGAACAGAUUGUAAGUAAUCUGUAGCUCAGAGGCUAUAGCACCGAUACCUUCUUCAGGCCUAUUUGUCCUACGCUGGGCUGUAGUAGUUCAGAACACGUAGGUGAGUAGUAGAGUUCUUAGUAGUAGCUCUUUCCAUGUAUUCAUUAAAUGACACCAUUGUACCGCACCGCUUUAAAAAAAAAUUGUUCUUAGAGGAAUAUUAGACGUAAUUGACUUGAAUUUUAGCCACGUUAGAGUUUAUAUUGUGUUUUUAAUACUAAUAAAUGUGGUAUAAAGUUAUACCUGAGAAGAAAACAAAAAUAUCCAAAGUGUUGAGUAUAUCGCUGACAAAACUGUCAACACAAUGAUAAUUGUGAAGUUUUUCGAAUGUCAAGCAGCCUCGCAAAUAAACGCGGGAAACGUUAUACGUCCGAAUAAACCAAUCAUAAGCAAUAUGUCUAUUUGUGAUCAAUUUGCAUAUUCUUGGUUUAUUCUCAGAUAAUUUUAUACCAUAUUUUUUAGUUAAGCCCUUAGCGUCUCUUAAAAAUUGCUAUUUAUUGCGAAGUAAUUAAGUUUGUUUUUGACAACAAUACACAACUGAAGGGUAUGUAAGCGAAUAGAUAAUAAUUAGAAUCAUUACGCAUUGGUUUUAAAAUAUCAACCAAAUCGGGUCUGCCAAAUAAAAUCGCAUUGAUCUCAAAAUAUUGUAUAAGGCAUCUUAAGUUCCUUACAAAGACUCAAAUGGUAUGUCAAAUUUUUAUAACAAUAAUUACAAUACGAAUUUAUGUUACUGCAAAGAAAUUCACUCUUUGGGUUAUUUAAUUAAAAUUUUAAAAAUACAAUCCUUGACCAUAGAUUAUACGUUUUAGAUGAGUCUACACAUUUUAAACUCUUGUAUUUUGUUUAUUAUUAUUCUCAAAUUAUGCUUUAUUUAGUUAAAUGAUUUAUUAAGUUUGAGAAAAUGAUUUUUAGCGUUAUUUUAGGCGUCGUCAUUUGUAUUAUUAUUAUACCACAUAUUAAGAAGAUAACAGAUUGUAAAAGGGUGGGUUUUAUGAAUCUUAACGAGAUAUUAUAGUUUAUAAUCUAACAGCAUGUAAACUUAUUUCAGAUAUAGUGAGUAAAAAUUUUUUUUUUCAAUGUUGGCACUGAUUACCUUACGACAUCAACUGUUAUAGUUAUUUAUGCAACUGUUGGGGUAUUAAAACACGAACGUGGAUUUAUAAUAGGUGAUAAUAGUAUCACACGAGUGUUUUAAUACCUAAUUAUCAACAGUUGCAUACAAGACUUUAUCUACACCCAGAAUAUGAAUCCUCUAAAAGAUUCUGAAACUGUUAGCUUACUGCUAACACAGCCAGUCCUAGUAGUAAUCAUCCAUUACUGAUUAUGUACAAAUAAACUAAGUAUUAAUGAAUUAUUUAUUUUAGUAGUAAUUUACAUUUUUUAUAUUGCAAUAAUUAAAAUUCACUUGGAUAUUAUGUUCUUUUGCAACGUUUAAAUUGAAUCGCUCAUUUUUUGUAAACAUAACAAUAAAAAUAUCGAUGAAAAAUGGCGGGCAUUCGAAUAACCUACUUUAUUUUUACGGCGCGCGACGUACUGGUAGUGAGGAACGCGCGUAAACGAAAAUGUUCUUUUUUUGAAGUUCAUACAGAUACCACGCAUCGAGCAAUAAAAAUGUGGCUGUCUGUUAAAACUCUUUGAGCAUGAAGGGAUUGAAAAAAAAAUAGGAGUGUUGUUAUGAAAUUCAGUAAAACAUCACUCGUUUGGAUGAUGUAAUGGUUACCAUUGGGUGUUUUAAUUUGGCAAUAAGCUAACUGUUUCAGUAUCUUUAAUAGAGGAUUUAAAGCAUGGGUGUAGAUAAAAUAUUAUACAAAUUCAUUGAUGAAUUGACUUAAAAAACUGCAUACCUUGUAAGAAAUAGUUUAAUAUAGAAAUAAGCAAAUUAUAUUGUAUUAUAUGUGCCUAUAUUGUGUUGUGUACCGUCCAUGUGCAAGCCUACUUAGAACAAUUAAAUAACUACAUUUAUACUUAGCAGGAUAAAACAGACAUUAUUAAAUUAAUAUUAUAUACUCGGGCUGUCAAAAUCUCUCGACUGUCACUUGACUUAAGUCGGCUCAAAAAAUUUUUUUGGUAUCUUAUAUAUUCCUUCUAAUGACUAACCGAUUUUGUUUGUCGACGUGAAAAUAUUUUAAUUGGAAAAAUAAUGUUAUGUACACGAAUAAAUUGUAAAAAUAAAUUGAAUGAAAAUUUAAACUAAUUAUGACGUAAUAAAUGCCAUAUUUUUGUCUAUAAUCGAAUGAACCAUAGACUUAGAAAUAUACUAGACAACCUGACAGCCCUAUAAUUUGUGACCAAUUUUGAUUUGUCAAUGUGUGUGUUAGCUAGUUUAGUAGUUUAAUAUUCCAAGCACGGCUGACUGAUUACGACUUGUCAGUCAAAAUCUGUUACAAUAACAAUAGAUUCGCUUUCCUUUGAUACCUUGCCGUAUCUCUAACGGAGAUAUAAUAUCCAGUAAUUUACCAGCGGGAGGCUCCUUUGCACAGGAUGCCGGCUAAAUUAUGGGUACCACAACGGCGGCUAUUUCUGCCGUGAAGCAGUAAUGUGUAAACAUUACUGUGUUUCGGUCUGAAGGGCGCCGUUAAAAAUUACUGGGCAAAUGAGACUUACCCCCUUAUUCAUAAUGGUCCACUAACUUUAAACAGCCGCUAAGGAGUGUUUUUUCUCAUUCUGACUUAGGUCAAUAGAAGAAGACAGAGUGAGAAUUAGCAAUGCUUUAAGUUAGCAGACUAUUAUGAAUAAGAGUGUUAACAUCUUACGUCUCAAGGUGACGAGCGCAAUUGUGCCGCUCAGAAUUUUGUUUUUCAAGAAUUCUGAGCGGCACUCGAGGGCAAGGCGUUUCAGUUACCAUCAGCUGAAUGUCUUGAUCGUCUCGUCCCUUAUUUUCACUUGUACACUUUGUCUAAUGCUAGUAUAUUUUAAGUCUAUGGAAUGAACAUUAUAUAUUUUCCGUUUUGUAUCUCGUAGUAAUAAAUAAUAUACACUCAUUUUAAGACAAAUUUAAAUUUCUGUUAUAUUCAAAAUAUUAAAUGCAAUCGACGGAUUGUUUGAUGACCAUUUUAUAGUUUUUAUUUGAAAUCAAAUUCCCAGGGCAAUAUUUUAGGUAGGAUACCUAAAAAGUAUAUAAUAUGUACGAUAUACAUAGAGAACACAUAUUUACUAUGGUAACAAUAUGUAUAAGCCACUAUAUGUAUUAAAAUGUAUUUUAUAUAAUUGUGUAUAUUGUAAUACAGUAAGUUUUUUUUUGUUUUUAUUCAUUUAACAUUUGGGAUCGACUUACCAAUAAGAGAAACUAUAUAAAUGAGAAUAAGAUAAAUGCAUUGUCUUUUAAUCUUUAUUGCUGACUUGACUGACUUAGUUUUUGAAGAAUCAUUUUAAAAUGUUCACGGUAUACAUAUUUUAGUAAAAAUAGAAAUACCACUUACACAAUAUGAUGAAGUACCACCAAAUGGUUGAUUUUGAAUGUGAGUAAUGUUAAAAAAAAAUAUUCUGGACAGUCAACCAUAAUUGUAUAAACAGGGUUUGUGUUCUGACUAUUGUUACACAUGUAGUGAAAUUGUAAAUAAGGAAUAAAUAUGUUCGUGUUUGUUUUUAUAGCUAAUGAGGAAUGUUCACUUAGUUUGAUUUUUAGCUUUUCGUAUUCUCUACAGAAAAUAUAAAAAAUGUGUGUAAAAAUUAUAUCGAUACUUAAAUUAUUUUUCAAGAUAUCGAAUUAUAAACAUAUGCGCAUGGCGCGAGUUUCGACCGACCGCUGCUCGCAACGUGUGACGUCACAGGUCAACACUAGCGCAGUACUUUGCGCGCUCCGGUACGGGUUAGGAGAUUACGCAAAUAUUAAUUGAAAUGUUUAAUUUAAUUAUAAGAAAGUCAUGUUAGGUGCCGAAAUGUAAAAUCACAACCAUUAAAAAUAAGGAAAUAAAGGAGUGAGUGUUGACCUGUGACGUCAUACAACGACUGCGUGCCCGCACUGAAAAUAAAUAUUUAUGUGAACUUUAGAUGUGUGUAAAAUAUAAACUAAUUGGUAUUUUGAAAUGAAAUUUGAAAAUAAAGUGUAUUUAUAUACAUAAAUAUAGACUUUGUGACAAAGUUUCAAGGUAUUUCGCAAGCAUUCUUCAUUUGUAUUUGGGGUACCAAUGGGGAUGGGGAUUUCAAUUAAAAUACAAGUGUAUUAAACUCGCUUGAUUAUGUGUUUUGGCUGGAAUUUCGAGAUAAAUAAGAGAUUUAAUUUUAUAUUUUCUGAAGUAAACCCGUUGAUAAUCAAAUCUAAACAAAUUUUUUUAAAGUGAUAUCCGCUUCUAGGACUAAUCAUGCAAACGAGUGACAUCUCAAGUCAAUUUCCUAAUAUGGAAUUAUUGAGCUUGAGCAGGUUAUCGACUGUAAAGAAAGAGAGUUGAACAAGACAUAACAAGAUUUAGUUGUUAAGAGCGCUCGCACAGAACCGGAAAGGCGCUGGUUCGAGUCACGCAUCGUUCGUAAAUUUUGGAUACAGAUUUUAUUCGAUGAUAUUCAGUUUAUAUAAGUCCAUGAACCCGUCAUCUAUUGUGUUGCCAUAUUGAAUUGUCAUUGCCUAUAUUUCUCAUAAAAAUGAAGCACCAAUGAUCUGUAUGAAGUUUGGAGUAAGUUAAUCGGCUAUUAAAAUAUAUUAUUGUCAAUAAGGAAAUGGAUUAAAUUGAUUUAUUUUAUUGUCCUUCUGAUAAUGACAUAAAAUAGGAAUAAAUCGACAUCAAUGAGAAGUAUAUUCAAUGACUUGUGUCUUUGAUGUCUCUUUUACUUUAAGUAUUGACUGUUUAUAAUACAAUUGUGGUCUUGAGACAAUGUUUUUAACUAGACCAAGUAUCACUGUACUCACAAAAUUAUCACUUGUUGCACAUUGAACUCAAAAGUUUAUAUGGAAUUGGUAAUAAAUUAGCGUUAUGGGUGUAUGUGUAAAUGCGAUGUAUGCGGUGUUGCCAUAUGUAAAAUUCGCAGUCGUAACAGGGCGUGUGCUAUAUAGUAAGUCAAGAUGCCAUUGUUAAUGUAAUUAUUACGAUAUUUCUCUCCGUGUAGUACAUACAUAAAAUUCUCUUUAUUUAGUA